ACUAGCGUGCUCUGUGCCCUGACGUACAAUGUGUGCGCGGACAGCACGAGUAUAGAGUUUGGUAUCAUGGCUGGGAGUGUGAGGAGGCCGGAGCAGACUGGACCCCCAGAACUGUUUUACAAUGAAGAUCAAGCAAGGAAAUAUACACAAAAUUCUCGUAUAAUAGAGAUCCAGUCGCAGAUGUCAGAGCGUGCGGUAGAGCUCUUGUGCUUGCGAGAAGAUCAGCCGUGCUACCUGCUGGAUGUGGGCUGUGGCUCAGGGCUGAGUGGAGACUACAUAACUGAGCAGGGACAUCACUGGGUUGGAAUAGACAUCAGUACUGCUAUGCUGGAUGUGGCAUUGGAUCGGGAAAUUGAAGGGGAUCUGAUCCUUGGUGAUAUGGGUCAAGGUAUCCCUUUUCGUCCUGGGACCUUUGAUGGUUGCAUAAGCAUUUCAGCUCUGCAAUGGCUUUGUAACGCUAACAAGAAAACCCACAACCCUCCACGCCGUCUUUUCCGCUUUUUCACAACACUUUAUUCUGCUUUGGCUCGUGGCUCCCGUGCAGUUCUGCAGCUGUAUCCUGAAAAUGCUGAGCAGCUGGAAUUGGUGACAUCCCAGGCAAUGAGAGCUGGAUUUACUGGAGGGAUGGUAGUUGAUUUUCCCAACAGUACAAAGGCUAAAAAAUUUUUCCUGUGUCUGUUUGCAGGAGUAUCGGGGGUGUUACCUAAGGGAUUGGGUCAAGAGUCAGUCGAACAAGGAGUAACACAUCAAGCUUCAUUUGUCAAGGAGAGGAUGAGAUUUAAAAAUGCCAAAGGGAAAUCUGUAAAGAAGAGCAAAGACUGGAUACUUGAAAAGAAAGAACGACGCAGACGGCAAGGAAAGGAAGUUCGAGCGGACACAAAGUACAGUGGACGCAAGAGAAAACCAAAUUUUUAAUUAUGUGACUAAUUUCCUUGUGGGACGAAUCCAGCUAUACAGUGUGCUGCAUUGAACAGAGUAUGUCAUGAGUGGAUGUUUAUCCAUUACAUAAGCCUGGAAUGUCACAUAGAAACUAUGCUGGGACCUGGUUUUCCAAUGCAUGGAAGCAGAAGUGGAAUCUGCCUGUACUGCGGAUGGAACAGUUUAGGAUACCAGACCACACAUCAAUUUAUUUGCAGUCUGUGCCGUAUCUUACAAUCGCUAGAGAUGUGGACUCCGUUACCUGCAAUUCUGCGAGUUCAGUCAAUAAGUGCCUUUAAUGUUACUUGGCGCACCACCUACAGUUUUAAAUUUACGUACUCUAUUAUGUCUGUAUGGUCAUACCUCCUUAAUAUCUAUAUGCUUCAAAGAGUGUCUCUUGGGGCUUCUUGUACUGACCACAGAAUGUUUUAUUUAUUUUUUUGCUUACUAUGAUUUUCCACAUAUACCAUCUUUCAUACCUGUACUUCUACAGACUGCAAUUUUAUGUCGAAAAUAAAUUCUAAGGAUACUGUGGA